CGAGUGGACGCGUAAGUACUUUUAUUAACCUUGCGUAUUUGACCUAAAACGUGCAAUCAGUGCUAGCUCUAUAAUAAGUUUAAUGAUUUAUUUUAUUUUUUAGUCCCUCGGUAAUGUUCAGUUGACUCUAUUUAACUUAUCUACGUUUGUGACAAGAAAGUGAAGAUGGUUAUGUAUACAUAGCUUCUACAAGGAAGGAAGGAGUUAAGCAAGCGUCCGGUCAUAACAAGGAAAAUUCGCCGAAUUUCAAGAACACUUCCGGCUGAAACAAAGUGCAGACCUAAUGUUAACAACAGUAGGAACGAUUUUUUUUCUCCAUUAAGUAAGCUAUAUCGUAAAUAAAUACGUAGUGUUCAGUUGUUUACUCUACAACGAAUAUCAUGUCCAUUUCACUACCCUUCUCUACGUCCCACAUUAAACUGAAACUAAAAUUCUGGGGUAAACGUUCCAUUUCCAUCAAUGAAUAUGACUCUACUUAUAAAGCAGUGUAUCUAGGGAAUGUGGUCACGCCCUGGGGCAAGGGUGACACGUACGUGGAUAUGGCCUUAGCCACUCUGUGGAGUAACUAUCAUACUAACGUUAAGCAGGAUAUUUACAUGACACUAACCGUGUGUAACUCAGGACUGAAGGCUAUGACCAAGGAAUACGGACUGACAGAAUAUUGGGCUAAUCGCAUCACCUACUGUGUGGCCCACCCUCACUACCCGCGGGUGUUCUGUUGGGUGUACAGGCACGCAACUUAUCGCCUUAAUCAAGAACUUCGUUGCCACGCCAUCUUGUGCGGUAAGGAAGAAAAAGCUCAGAUAAUGGUGAAUCAACUGAAUCUCAAGCUGACUGAUGCUCUUCAGGAAUUCAGACGGGAAAAGCUUAGCCGACAAAAAACUCGAUUGUCAGUAACCAACUCCGCAUCUGUUCUCCCAACCAUGCCACGUCGGAAACAGCUGCUCAUCACGGGGACAACUAACUUCCGGCCCCCUUUAGGACGAGUAAGAAGUGCCCCAAAACUUUCUUCGAUAGAAGAGUUGGAAGAAGAAGAAGAAGAUGAUGAGGAUUCGGAAUUUGAAGAUCUUCUGGCCUCUGACUCGGUCAUUUCGGAUCUCGAGUCAUCGGUGGAUGUGCUGUCAGAUGAUUUUAGUUCUAUGUCCGAUCAGUUCUCAGGUGCUAUGCAACUGAGUGACACAAGUGCUGAGGAAGUGAUAUACACCAACGACCCAAAGUCACCAAACUCUAUGGACGGAGCUCAAGCGAACAGUGACAACUUUUCAACCGAAUCUGGUUAUUCAGAGAACAACGAAUGAGGUUCAGAACUGUAACCUUUCGUUAAGUGUUGUCUUAAGAAAAAAAUGCAAUAAUCAUCAGUCCUAGUUCUGCAGGUAAUAAACACUGAAAACCAAAUGAAACAAACAGCAAAAACUAAAAAAUUUCAACUGUUUCAAAAAUCUUCUAUGAAGAAUAUCAAAUUAAACUUAAUUAAGAAGCACCACAACGUUAAAGGUGCGCAACAAUUUAUUUCAAAGGCACCAGGACCAACAUGUUUGGGAGAUAUUUCACCCUGUCUUCACCAGGAAGAGUCCUUUGAAACAUGGUGAGCUUGGCGUAGUAGUAUUCUACCGCACCAUCACCAGGAAAUCCAUAAAACACGUUGAGCCUGGUGCCUUUUUAAUACAUUAUUAUGCACUUUUAACGUUAUGGCGCUUUUCAAUUCAGUUAACUCGUGCACAAGGAUCAUCUUUUGCCAUAGUUAAGUUAUCAAGUAUUUGGAGUUUUUGAAAUAUUUUAAACUAUUUAUUGUUUUUCCCUUUUUAUUUUUAGGAGUUUAGUGGGAUGAGAAGUAGUACUGAUAACCCACGAACCUUUUCUGUCUCUUGUUUACAUCUUGACUGAAAACGACUUGUCAUUAAUUUAUUUGGUCUGAAACAAUAAUAUUCAUAACUCGUUAUGCUUAGGAAGCUUCUUCAUUUUGAAAUUAAUCUUUCUUUUACAAAGUAUAAAAAUUACUUUACCCUCAUAUUGGAGAGACAAAAAAAAAAAGGAUUUCACUUGUUUUGUUGCAAUCUCAAGACCAAGGAGAAAUACGGGUUCCGAUUCCCCGCGGCAGACAGAGCGCAGGUAGUCCAUUAUGUAGUUUUGGGCUAAACGAAACAGAUAAAAACAUCUAAAUAAAGCUAUUCUAAAUUAAUGCUUUAUCAACCAAACGCGACUAAAUAAAAACUUAUUCAUAAUUAAUUGAUUAUUUGGAUUUCAAUGUUAAGCCUUACUAUGUGCUAUGUUUUAGCGUAAAGCUACACAAUGGGCUAUAGGCGUUGUGUCUACUGCUGGGAGAUGAAGUUUUCUAAAGAACUAAAACUAAAUAGGAAGAAAACUCAAAGUUUAAAAUGUGUUAGAUUUACCACGUCUCUACAUAUUUAUUUAAAAUAUAAGUAGCUUAUAAGACAGACUGAAAUAAUCAAAUUAUAUUCUUUUUUUUCUUCUAAAUUAUCAAGACAUUUGUGACAAAAUAUUAAUCUGUCAAAUCUUAUUCUGUAGUCAGAAGCAUAAAAAGUAUAUGUACAUAGUUUUAAUUUUGACAAAGCCAGGAGUUCCAAUUUUUCCCAUUUACUGACUGUAACUUGACUUUAUUUGAUUAUGUUUGUUCGUGAUAUCCCAAUCUACAUCUGUUUAUCAAUUGCACAUUACGCUCCUCUAUCAUCUGCUUGUUCGUUGCUUACAGCACACUACGCUCCUCUAUCAUCUGCUUGUUCGUUGCUUACA